AGAUGGCGGUAAUGCCUCACGAUACAAGGGGUAAACUGCCAACAAAAGCAAGAAGAAGUUAGCAAGACAUGCCCUGUUUUGGUGCAACCUUAUAUAUUAUCUAUCACCACCACUUCGUCGUAAAGCAGAGUAAACCGGACCGAACUUGAAAAAAGUAUUAUUCAUUUAUGUUCAAGCUUUUUUAGCAAGCGACAUUUAUUUUACUAACUUGAAGUUAGCAACGUGCAGCUAACAGACGCUGGCGUGUGAGGGUAAAACAUUGUGAAAAUGUGUAAAGUAGAAAUCCUUAGGGCUUUGCUAAAUGAGCGGUUGAGUGCUGCCGUGGAGGAAAUAUUUGUUUUGUUUGAAAGAACCAUAGCGGAGUACGAGGAAGCACUUUCUCAUUCAAAAGAGGAAAACGAAAGACAGCGUCAUCUUCUUGAAGCUGUUUUCAGAAAGCCCCAGGGUGAAUUCCGCAGUGCAGAUGUCACUGAAGAUGAUUACCAUCGUGAGCAGCAGGAGUGGAGUUUCAGGAUGGAGCAACAGGAGCCUGAGCCCUCUUUUGUAAAAGAGGAAGAGCUUCUAAACGUUAAAGAGGAAAAGGAGCAGGUUGAUGUCACCAGUGUAAUUGACAAUGACAAGCAUUGGUUGCAGCUUCAUUCCAGUCAAAGCGAGGAGAGCGGACUGGUAAAACCUUCAAGCGUCUGCCCAAGUCAACAUGUGACGACAAAAGGUGAAAACAGCCUCUUAGCUCCAUUGUCUGAUAGCAACAACACAGCCUUGCAUUCUCCUGACACCGACGAAGAGGAUCUACACACUAAACUUAAUGCAAGGUAUCACGCCACCGACGGCGCAAGCUUCAAAUGCGCCCAGUGUGACAAAACUUUUAUAAAUGCAGCUACUCUGAAAAGACACGCAAUGAUUCACAAAGGAGAGAAAACAUUCAAUUGCUCUUUUUGUGGUAAAAGAUUCAACCAAAAGGUACAUUUGAUAAAACACACAAGAACACACACAGGAGAAAAGCCUUUUUCUUGCACAGUUUGCGGUAUGAGAUUAAGUCAAAAAGAAUAUUUGAAAGUGCACAUGAGAACACACACUGGUGAGAAACCUUUUCCGUGCUCAGUGUGCGGCAAAAGGUUCUCUCAGAAGGCGUUUUUGAAAGUACACACAAGAACACACACAGGUGAAAAACCGUUUUCUUGCUUAGUCUGUAACAAAAGUUUUAGUGCUUAUUCCACAUGUACUCGACACCAGAGAACACACACGGGCGACAAAGUGUUCAGUUGUAGUGUGUGUAAUAAGAAAUUCACACGGAAGGACAACCUUAACAAACACAAGUGUAAUGGAAAGAGAUGAGAGACUUGGGAUUAAAAAAGUGUUAAUAUUGUUAAUUUUUGUGUCAUUCUUCUGGAAGAUUUUUUUCAAUAUUCACAUAUUGGUUUGAAUUGUUGUUCUUAACAAAAUGUCUUUUGAAAUUUGUAGUUUUUCAAAUUGUGUUGCCUGUGAAGUCCAAUUCAUUUUAAUAGGCAGGAUUGGCAUCCAAUGAGUUAAUAGGGAAUUUAAAUCAAUGUGAUCUUUUUAGGUUUAUAAAAAAGUUGAUUAAAAAACUGUUGAAAGUUGGAAAAAACAAGCAUAACAUUAUCUUUUUUUAUAAAAAAGUUUUUUUCUUUAGGAAAUUAGUUGUAAAAUCCCCAUGUGUUCAACCUACAUUGACGUUGUUUGAAUAGUUCAUCUGAUGUUCAUAUUUUAAAUAAAAGC